ACGACGAACACAUCGCUGAACAUGGCCCCGCGUAACAGUAACGACCCCUUCGUCGUGAUCAGUACUCGCGAAGAGGACUUCUCUCGCCCCCAUCUGCCUGAGGGCAAGGACCCCCUCUAUGGGCCGUGGGGCGAACACGGGUCUGCCAAGUUUGAGGAUCCUGUCGGUUUUGCCGUCCGCAAGCUGCGGGAGAUACACCCUAAGGCAUCUAUCGUCUUGUUCACUUAUGGAAUAGACCUUCUCGGCUUUCCCAAGGUUCAAGUCGAGCCUAUUUCUCCGCCUGAAGUGAUCACCAACUCCGUAUUCAUUCCCCUGGCUCGACGCAUGGGCGAGGACGCUGGUGUCCUAGUCAACAAUGUGCGAUUUGGUGCUUUCAAAGUGACUUGGCAGAACUUGAAUUUCAUCUACUACACCAUGCUGUUCUUGCACGGUGCCUUCGAGAACGUCCAGAAUUUCGUUCUCUUCGAAGGUCCUGAGGAAGUUCCCAGGGCGCUGGUCUCGGCAGCUGGAAGUUAUUCUGCCUCGUUGCACGAAGAGAUCUACGUCUUCGACAGCGGUUUCUGGCAAAAGGACCGCAAGCUCUGGCUCGAGAUUCAAAAAGCGAACUGGAAAGAUGUUAUCCUCAAGGACGAGUUCAAGAAAGGCCUGCAGAAAGACGUCUUUGGCUUUUUCGACUCUGAGGAUAUGUAUCACGACCUCGGUAUUCCUUGGAAGCGUGGCAUCAUCAUGCACGGGCCCCCAGGCAAUGGCAAGACCAUCAGCAUGAAAGCUAUUAUGAAACAAGCGGAUGCGAACAACUAUGCUCCGUUGUACGUGCGCUCCUUCCGGAGCUGGAAAGGCGAGGAGGGCGCAAUGGUUGACGUGUUCGAUCACGCGCGGCGCAUGGCGCCUUGUGUGCUCAUUCUCGAGGACCUCGACUCCUUGAUUAAUAACCAGAACCGCUCAUUCUUCCUCAACCAGCUUGACGGUCUCGACAGCAACGACGGCCUGCUCAUCAUUGGCACUACAAACCAUCUGCAGAACAUCGAUCCCGCAUUGCGCUCAAGGCCCAGCCGGUUUGAUAGGAAAUUCCCCUUCAACGAUCCAGACCCGACCGAGCGCAAGCUCUACUGCCAGUACUGGCAGCACAAGCUCGCCUCUAACGAUGAGAUCGAUUUCCCUGACAGCCUUCUGGACGAGAUCGUCGAUGUAACCGACAAGUUCAGCUUUGCAUUCCUUAAGGAGGCCUUCGUCUCGGCUCUCGUCACCCUUGCUGGGUACGACGAUCCUAAGAAGAAGCCAUCCUUCGGAGAGGAGAUCAAGACUCAAAUCACCACUCUGCGCAAGCAACUGAACAGCGACGCGCCUUCGUCUGACGUCUGUGGCGACACUUCCGACAACUUUCCUGGCGCUUGGACUGGUUCUGCGUCGCGCACGCCUAUCAUGAACAAUGAGCUGCCACGCAUCGACGCGCGCCGCUUCGAGCAGAACACCGAUCGCAUCUGGGUCGCCGGGUCCGUGGACCCCAUGCAUGGUCGCUUCCAGCGCAGCCCGCUCAUGCCCGGCGAGAUGCCAGCACCUGCUGGCGCCGAGGACGGAAUGACGAGGGACGGUCGGGACAUGAGGUCCAGGGCUUUGCAAGCCGCCGCUCUUGGCCGCUCGUUCUUGUUCUAAGCUUGCUUUGAAGGAUUGCAUUGACUAUGGAGUUGAAUUCUUGGAUGGCUUCUGUACAAUGAUGUGUCUGCAUGUCCUUAGCUGCAUCUCUCUCUGUGUAAUUGUAUCUGAAAUUAUGUACGUUCACUGUC